AUGGGCAUCUUUGUAGCCCUUGUUAUAAGAUGGAGAAGGCUAAAGAAACAGAUUCUUCCUACCCUCCAAAAACAAAGCAAAGCUUUAGAAAAAGGGUCAACACAAGCAAGUGAUGCUCUUGAGGAACAUGAAAUCCAUUUUGGAGGCAGGCCUAACUUUGAAGCGGAUAUCUUUGCAAAGUUUCCAGAUGAGACAGGUGGAUCUGAUAUUGGAGUGUUGGUCUAUGGACCUGAGACUAUGAAAGAAUCAGUGGGGCAUCAAUUUGCCAGAAAAAAUGUGGAGCUAAGAAGCAGAAACCCAAUUUCAGCUUCCACUCCCUCAAUUUCACACUCUAGUCUCACACCAGAAACCAUAAAAAAAAGUGAAGAUAAUAACAGUUAGAUUUC